CACAUGCCAUGACGUUUUAUUGGGAAAUUCAGAGAGGGAGAGAGAUACGUGCGUGAGGUGGAAGGACGUCGAUCGAAUGCAGCAGAGAGGGAGAUCAAACAACCGCAGAUCGAGGAGCUUCUCCAGAACCCGCCUUGCCGUUGAGGGUUCUUAGCCCAUUUCUUCGUCUUUUCUCACUUUAAAUCUUCCAUUUCCCUCUCGCUCGUCCACAUUGAUUUCGCAAUGGCUGCCAUUCAAGAAGAAGAGCGAGAGAUGCAGAAGAACUACUGGAUCGAGCACUCCGCGGAUUUGACCGUCGAGGCUAUGAUGCUCGACUCCAAAGCCUCUGAUCUUGACAAAGAAGAGCGACCUGAAGUACUUUCAAUACUGCCACCAUAUGAAGGAAAAUCAGUUUUAGAACUUGGAGCGGGUAUUGGUCGAUUUACUGGUGAAUUAGCUCAGAAGGCUGGUCAGCUUCUUGCUUUGGACUUUAUUGAGAACGUGAUAAAUAAGAAUAAAAACAUUAAUGGACACUACAAGAAUGUCAAGUUUAUGUGUGCAGAUGUGACAUCCCCAGACUUGAAAAUAUCUGAAGAAUCAAUGGACUUGAUAUUCUCCAAUUGGCUCCUUAUGUAUCUUUCAGAUGAAGAGGUGGAGUAUGUGGCGGAAAGAAUGAUCAAGUGGUUGAAGGUGGGUGGAUUUAUUUUCUUCAGGGAGUCUUGUUUCCAUCAAUCUGGAGACAGCAAGCGAAAGUACAAUCCAACCCACUACCGGGAGCCCAGAUUUUAUACGAAGGUCUUUAAAGAAUGCCAUUUGAGUGAUGGUUCUGGAAAUUCCUUUGAACUCUCUCUUGUUGGCUGCAAAUGCAUUGGAGCUUAUGUGCGAAACAAAAAGAAUCAGAACCAGGUAAUACAAUUGGUUGCUUCUGAUCUCAUCCUUUUACAUAAAUUGGUUCUGACUAGUUGCAAUAUUUCUGAAAUGCAGAUUUGCUGGAUAUGGCAAAAAGUCAGUUCGCAGGAUGAUAGAGGGUUCCAGCGGUUCUUAGACAGUGUUCAGUAUAAAUCUAGUGGCAUAUUACGUUAUGAGCGUGUAUUUGGACAAGGUUUUGUGAGCACAGGAGGGAUAGACACAACUAAAGAAUUUGUGCAAAAGUUGGAACUUAAGCCUGGCCAGAAGAUCCUUGAUGUUGGAUGUGGCAUUGGGGGUGGUGACUUUUAUAUGGCUGAGAACUUUGAUGUUGAAGUUGUUGGGAUUGACCUCUCCAUAAAUAUGAUUUCUUUUGCUCUUGAACGUGCUAUCGGACUUCAAUGCUCAGUUGAAUUUGAAGUUGCUGAUUGCACUAAGAAAACAUAUCCUGAGAAGGCAUUUGAUGUGAUAUACAGCCGUGAUACCAUUCUGCACAUUCAAGACAAGCCUGCAUUAUUUAGAUCCUUCUACAAGUGGUUGAAACCAGGAGGUAAAGUUCUUAUCAGUGAUUACUGCAAGAGUGCUGGAACUCCAUCACCAGUAUUUGCUGAAUAUAUUAAACAAAGAGGAUAUGAUCUCCAUGACGUUACUGCCUACGGUCAGAUGCUUAAGGAUGCUGGCUUUGAUGAGGUCAUUGUGGAGGAUCGUACUGAUCAGUUCAUUCAAGUUCUACAGCUGGAAUUGAAUGCCCUUGAGAAGGACAAGGAUGAAUUCAUCAGGGACUUUUCUGAAGAAGACUACAAUGAAAUAGUUGAUGGAUGGAAGGCAAAGAUGAUCAGGAGUUCAUCUGGCGAGCAGAGAUGGGGGCUGUUUGUUGCGAAGAAGAAGUGAUUCUGUUUCCCAUCAUUUACCCUAUCUAUAAUAGCUUUUAAUAUGUAUUUGGAAUAAUCUUUGGUGGUGACUGUAUCCCCUUUAGUUGAUGGUUGAUGUCUUGAUAGCAUUCUACUAUCUAUGUUGAUUUCUCAA